AUGACGCAGUUGAGUGUAUAUGGCGGCCUCUUCUCUGAUCCCCCGCUUAUCUCGACAGAUGGGGACCCAAAGCGGACGGACCCGUACGACAAAAUGGACACCAUCCCGUCGCGCUACCUCGGCAAGGGAAUGAGUAUAGGCCGCAGUGGCACAGGACAAAAUGCCGAGGUGUAUUUUGACAAGAAGUACCUGACACUUGCCUCUCCUGAACAGAACGGCAAUAAAGACUUGGGUGCUUUUGAGGAUGCCGACACACGCAUGCGUCGAGAAGCAAUGGAAUCAAAGAAAAAGAACAUCUCCGAAAAGGUGUUUCUUUUGCCGUCCUAUCCGAAGUGGAGUGAUGGUCCAGGCAGCUAUUCAGGCUGCUUUCAAGAUCGACCGUAUCCGUUUAUCGUGCCAGGGGAGAAUGAUAAAAAGUCUCGCCGGCGGAAGAAAGCGGCCGUGACGGAAGUGACUGA